UUACCGUCAAUCCGCCGCUGUCAUUUAGGCGACGGACGAAAAGCGUGCGAAUGCAAAAACCUGCUGGAACCGGAGAAGUUGAGUCGCUUCACGAUGUUAACACUGACACUGAGACAACUGAUCAGGCCCGUGUGCCAGCGUGUUCCCUCCGCGGCCCACGUCAGAUCCCAGCAUUCCGCGCCGGCGGUUGCUGAUGACGAGCGCUCGUGGACGGGACAGGAGAGUCUGGCUCAGGACGAUCCGGAGAUGUGGGACCUUCUGCAGAAGGAGAAGGACAGACAGAGCCGAGGACUGGAGCUCAUCGCCUCUGAGAACUUCUGCAGCCGUGCGGCUCUCGAGGCUCAGGGUUCGUGUCUCAACAACAAGUACUCUGAAGGAUACCCGGGAAAAAGGUAUUACGGAGGGGCUGAGGUGGUGGAUCAGAUCGAGUUGUUGUGUCAGAAGAGGGCUCUGGAGGCGUUUGACCUCGACCCUGUGCUGUGGGGCGUCAAUGUUCAGCCGUACUCCGGAUCUCCGGCUAACUUCGCUGCUUACACAGCCGUCCUGAACCCUCAUGAGCGCAUCAUGGGUCUGGACCUGCCUGACGGCGGACAUCUCACUCACGGAUACAUGUCUGACGUCAAGCGGAUCUCGGCCACCUCCAUCUACUUCGAGUCGAUGCCCUACAAACUCAACGUAAGUCCACAUCACGUCUGACUCUAUGACUAUAAUAUGACUAAGACUAAAUCAAAAUUUGCUGUCAAAAUGAACACGUGUGUGUGUGUGUGUGUGUGUGUGUGUAGCGCUUACGCUCGCCUCAUCGACUACAGCCGCAUCAAGAAGCUGUGCACCGAGCUGAACGCGUACAUGCUGGCGGACAUGGCUCACAUCAGCGGACUGGUGGCAGGCAAAGCCAUUCCCUCGCCGUUCCAACACGCCGACCUCGUCACCACAACCACACACAAAUCACUGCGAGGAUCCAGGGCGGGGCUUAUAUUCUACCGGAAGGGCGUUCGCUCGCUGGAUAAGAAGGGCAAAGAGGUCAUGUACGAUCUGGAGGAGAAGGUCAACUUCUCUGUGUUCCCUUCACUUCAAGGCGGCCCGCACAAUCACGCCAUCGCCGGCGUCGCUGUGGCUCUCAAACAGGCCGCGACGCCCAUGUUUCGUGAAUACAUCGCUCAGGUUCUGAAGAACUCCAAGGCCAUGGCCGAGGCGCUGCUGAAGAAGGGCUACACGCUGGUCUCGGGAGGAACUGAUAAUCAUCUGGUUCUGGUGGACCUGAGGCCUCAGGGGAUGGACGGAGCGCGGGCCGAGCGGGUUCUGGAGCUGGUGUCCAUCACAGCCAACAAGAACACCUGCCCUGGAGACAAGAGCGCACUGACCCCCGGCGGCCUGAGACUCGGAUCCCCUGCUCUCACGUCCCGUCAGUUCAAGGAGUCUGACUUCCAGCAGGUGGUGGAUUUCUUCGAUCAGGGCAUCAAGAUCGCUCUGGACGUCAAGAAGAAGACCAAAAAGCUGUCAGAUUUCAAGAGUUUUCUGCUGGAGGACUCGGAGACGGCGUCUCGUAUCGCUGAUCUGCGUCAAAGUGUGGAAGCUUUCGCUCGUCCGUUCCCCAUGCCUGGAUUCCACGACCAUUAAAGCAGCAGCGAGCGAACACGUUAUUUCUUUUCUUUAGCUUUAAGAUCAGUCACUACAUUAUUAAUCAUUUACUGGAACUAAAAGUCUUAAAACGAGCAGUAGUGCACGAAGCUACCAACAUGAGUUGAAAUUAUUUAUUCCUCAUGUGUGAUCCUUUUAUGACAUCCAGGACUCGAGUAACAUCUAUAUCUUCCGUUUCGAGUGAGGAACAACCGUUUCUAACAGACUAAUGAUGCUAAAUGUUUACAGACUGCGAUUUCCGUUCGGAGCCGUUUUUCUGCUGGAGUCUUGGUAGUUUGAGUUCUUCUCUUUUGAUAAUCGAAGCUGUUUUGUAAAUUUACAGUAGUGUGUGUAAAGACUUUAACUGCAUUGUUGGAGUUUGUAUUGGCUCAGUGAUUUCUGAGCGUUUACUGAGCGCACACACACACACAUAUACACACACUCAUACAAACACACACACAUUCACUCACUCAUACAAACACA